AUGUCGCAUUUCCAUGAGCAUGAGCAUGAGCAUGCCCAUGCGUUCUCGGCUGCAAACAAGGAGCAUUUUGACAAGACCGCUCACGAGUUCGACGAACGCCCUCACGCACAAGCUCUUGCCCGAAGCCUCGCAGCUGCGAUGCGGACCAGAUAUCCCGAUCUGUUCAUUGAGGAUACCACAGCCAUGAUGGAAUAUGCUUGUGGUACCGGCUUGACAUCGCGGGAACUGUGCCCGUACGUCAAGUCCGUUGUCGGAGUCGACAUCAGCAGCGGCAUGGUGGAGCAAUUCAACUUGAAGGCCUCAAACCAGGGCCUCGCUCCAGAGGAGAUGAAGGCCCUCUGCAUCGAGCUGAAGGGCAGCGAUGACGAACUCGAUGGGCAGAAAUUUGAUGUGAUCGUGUGCACAUUGUCUUACCAUCAUUUUCCGUCUGUUAAAGAGGUCACUCGAGUACUGGCCUUUUUCCUAAAGCCCGGGGGCUCUUUAUUGGUGUCGGAUGUACAAAAAGGCAGCCUGAAGGAGGAUAUUUUUGCCGACCACCCACAUAUCGUCGCCCAUCAACGCGGGUUCGACGAGGGAGAGAUGCGAUCUGUUUUCGAGGGCGCGGGAUUAACAAGUUUUGAGUUCUCCGUGGUAUGCUCUGGCAAGCUGCAUGGCAGACCUGUUGACUUCUUCCUCGCGCGGGGAUUGGCGAGAACAGCUCUCCAGUCAUUCUAG